CUUUCCCUGAGUCACUGCGGUUAGCCCUUUUCCAAGAUGGCGCUGGCUAGCCUGUUGGAACCGCAACAGCCCGUGAACGGGGCCGGGUACUUCGGUUUGGGGGCCGGCUGCGAAUUCCGGUUGUCCGCGCUGAGCGCUUACUGUGGAGGGGGAGAGAAGGAGACGGAGGCCCAGGCCUCGGGGCUGCCCUUGGCCCUGGCCGCCCCCUGCCCCGGCCUCAGCCCAGGCACUGCGGCGGGGGAUGCCAAGAUCGAGCUGCUGCACGGGACCACGACCUUGGCCUUCAAGUUCCAGCAUGGUGUGAUUGUUGCAGUGGACUCGCGGGCCACAGCGGGAGUCUACAUUGCAUCGCAGACAGUGAAGAAGGUCAUCGAGAUUAACCCUUACCUCCUGGGCACCAUGGCCGGUGGUGCGGCAGAUUGCAGCUUCUGGGAGCGGCUGUUGGCACGGCAGUGCCGCAUCUACGAACUCCGCAACAAGGAGCGCAUCUCCGUGGCUGCUGCCUCCAAACUGCUGGCCAACAUGGUGUAUCAGUACAAGGGCAUGGGGCUUUCCAUGGGUACCAUGAUUUGUGGCUGGGACAAGCGGGGGCCAGGCCUGUACUACGUUGACAGCGAAGGGAAUCGCAUCUCGGGCACGGUUUUCUCAGUGGGCUCUGGUUCCGUCUAUGCCUACGGGGUGAUGGACCGUGGCUACUCUCCUGAUCUGUCAGUUGAGGAAGCCUAUGAUCUGGCCCGUCGUGCCAUUUACCAAGCUACAUACCGGGACGCCUACUCAGGAGGCACUGUCAACCUCUACCAUGUUCGUCAAGAUGGCUGGAUCCGUGUUUCGAGUGAUGAUGUGGCCAAAUUACAUGAAUUGUUCAAUGGCGCUGCCACGGGGACAGUGGCUUAAGCUAGAGAACUCUGGAGGGCUCAGAAUUUGGGAUUGUAGGGGUGGUGGCAACAGAGAACUUGGCAGAUGUAUAGAAUGGGGGUGUGGGUCAUCCAUUAGGCAAAUGAGGAAGGGGUUAGCCAACAGGAGGAAGGAAGAAUUGGGCCCUUUGGUUGGAGGGGCAGCAACACGUCCCCAGAUUGAUCAUUGUAGGGUAUGUUUGUCCAUACUUACGGCUGAUGUUCGCUGUAGCAAAAUAUUUUGCUUGUUUGGAAUUAAACAUUUGCUUUCCAAAA